AUACAGAAGCCUGCGAUUUACGGCUUGGUCGCUAAGUCAUCGUAGAAACUUGAACAAAAUGGAGUGUUUGAUAGGAAUUCAAGGUCCUGAUUUUGUCCUAGUGGCUAGCGAUUCUGCAAGCGGGAGGAGUAUUGUUCGCAUGAAAGAUGGUAAGGUUUUCCCACUGCCCAUAGCAUUCACCUGUGGGUGCCGCUUUUUUCAGACUAGCCCAUGUCAUCUGAUAUGGAAUGCCUGUCANAAAAUCUUAGGAUAUGAACUUACCCCUCAUGCUGCUGCUAAUUUCACAAGAAGAAACUUGGCUGAUGCUCUUCGCAGUUCAUCUGCAUACCAAGUCAAUAUGCUGAUAGCUGGUUAUGACGAUACCAGUGGCCCAGAACUAUACUACAUGGACUGGCUAGCUUCACUGCAAAAAGUAAGUUCGGUCAUCGUUAUCAGCGUGUUUAACAGACUCUAGUAUGUUUUAAUAAAACAAGGCUAAGUAUGUACGUCUGCGGUUCGCAAUCGAAAAACAAUCCAACCGAUCGGGUUAGAUUGAGUUCGAUUGACUACGCCAGGUUUAUACAAAGAAGCCUCUGAGAAGCGGGGGGUAGAACAGGGAUAUCUGCACUGCUCAGCAGACGUUACUAACCUAGGUU